AUGUCAGACAAAGUCCGUUCCGGCUCCGUCUCCGGUCACCGGGACCUUGAAUUCGGCAAAGGUCGCUCCGCCAAAUUGGCCUCCGUCUUUGGCGGUAAUGGCGUCACUGUUGGCCCUCGCAUCUGCGACCUCCCCGACUACCUUAAGCAAGAAGUCUCCGAAACCGAAGGCGAGUCCAGCGAGGCCAUUCUCAACCGCCAGCUCGCCUCUGAAGAUGGCGCCGCAAUCCAAUACCGCACCUGCUCCUGGCAAAAAACGGCGGCCCUCCUCUUCAGCGAGUACAUCUGCCUUGCCAUCAUGAGUUUUCCCUGGUCGUACAGCUACCUUGGCCUCGUCCCCGGUCUGAUCUUGACGGUUGUUGUCGCCGCCAUUGUACUGUACACGAGUCUGAUCCUGUGGGAGUUUUGUCUCCGCCACCCCGAGGUUCGCGAUGUUUGCGAUCUUGGCCAGACGCUGUUUUGGGGCAAGAAAUGGGCCUGGUGGGGAACAGCAGUCAUGUUUGUUCUCAACAACACCUUUAUUCAGGCACUGCAUGUGCUUGUCGGCGCAGAGUAUCUCAACACCAUGACGGAAAAGACGUCCAUUGGUGGAUGCCGCACCGUCGAGUUCUCGGUUGUCAUUGUCGUGAUUUGCUGGCUGGCGUCGCUCCCGCGGACAUUCAGUAUGAUGUCCAAGCUGGGCACUGCCUCGGCCUUCUUCACCUUGAUCAGUGUCGUCUUGGCCACGGCCUUUGCGGGUGUCCAGGGCAAACCAGCUGGAUAUACGCCUGCAAAGGGUGAGCCCAUCGUCACCGCUGUGCCCGUAGCGAGCACCACCUUUGUCCAGGGAAUGGCGGCCUUUUUGAAUAUUAGCUAUACGUUUAUCGGCCAAAUUACCCUGCCUAGCUUCAUUGCGGAAAUGCGUGACCCUCGUGAAUUCCCCAAGUCCCUCUGGGCAUGCACAAUCGCCGAAAUCAUCGUCUUCAGCGUUGUCGGAGCCGUCAUCUACGCAUACAGCGGCAAUCAGUACGUCAAGGCGCCUGCGUUUGGCUCCCUCGACGACUUGUACAAGAAGGUCUCCUUCUCCUUCAUGAUCCCCACCAUUAUCUUCCUUGGCUGUCUGUACGCUUCGGUAACGGCGCGAUUCGUCUUCUUCCGUCUCUUUAGAAAUUCGAAACACUUGAGUGACCAUACUGUUGUGGGCUGGGGUUCCUGGGCCGCUAUUCUCCUGACAACCUGGAUCUUCGCCUUUUUCAUUUCCCAAGUUAUUCCGUUCUUUUCUUCUCUCCUCUCCGUCAUGAGCUCCCUUUUCGACAGCUGGUUCGGCUUCAUCUUCUGGGGCGUAGCCUACUUCCGAAUGCGCACCGCCGACAAGAAGAUUGGACGUGAGCGCAACGUCAUUGGCGACUGGUUCUCCAUGGGCCUCAACGUAAUCAUCAUCCUGACGGGCUUCUUCUUCCUGACAGCAGGAACAUAUGCCAGUGUACAGGGCAUUAUUGAUUCGUUCAACGCAGGUGAAGUCGGUGGUGUGUUUAGUUGUAAGAGUAACGGCGUAUAA